CGUUUCUCCAAUUCUAUUUCACAGUUAACGAAUACGAUAAACUGAAUAUUCGGGUUAAAAAUAUAUAACGACUAUACAAAUAUUAUUAAAUAAAUCAUGCUUGUUUUAGUACUGGGAGAUUUGCACAUUCCACAUAGAUGUAGUAGCCUUCCAAGUAAAUUUAAGAAAUUAUUAGUGCCUGGUCGAAUACAGCACAUUUUAUGUACAGGCAACUUAUGUACAAAAGAAUCAUAUGAUUAUUUGAAAACAUUGGCUAGUGAUGUGCACGUUGUUAGAGGAGACUUUGAUGAGAACUUAAAUUAUCCUGAGCAAAAAGUUGUUACAGUUGGUCAGUUCAGAAUAGGCUUGUCACAUGGGCAUCAAGUUGUACCUUGGGGAGAUCCUGAAUCAUUAGCCUUAAUUCAGAGACAGUUAGAUGUUGAUAUCUUAAUAUCAGGUCAUACACACAAGUUUGAGGCAUAUGAACAUGAAAAUAAAUUUUAUAUUAAUCCUGGUUCAGCUACAGGAGCAUACAAUCCUCUUGAUACAUCAGUCAUCCCAUCCUUUGUCUUAAUGGAUAUUCAAAGUUCAACAGUUGUAACAUAUGUAUAUCAACUUGUUGGAGAUGAAGUAAAAGUUGAAAGAAUUGAAUACAAAAAAAGCUAAAAUUGUAUAAAAA